AUGCUGCGCUCGAAAAAGUCCGAGUCACAUCGCAUCGUCGUGCUCGGCCAGUCUGAAGUGGGCAAGACGUGUUUCGUCGACAUGUUCCUCGAAGGUAGACAUUUUAUCUCUCACUCUGCCGUCUCAUCCACGCCCUCAUCCCGCCACAUCUCGCACUCAGGCACCUCCUUCACCCUCUCUCCUAGAGACCUGGAUCUUACGGGACCCCUCUCAUCCGGGUACCUCACCAUAGUCGAUGAAUACCUUCGCACCGCAGACGGUAUAGUUCUGCUCUACGACAUCACUUGCAAAUCGUCUUUUGCCAGCGUGACCCAUGAGUUUUAUGUUCAUGCUUGGACAUGUCGAGAUGAUAUUGGUGCUAAAGAGGUAGGUGGUCAUGUGACGAAAAAGCGCUUUGGAUGCGUGCUUGUUGGCAACAAGCGCGAUGUCAUCGUUGGUGAGGAUGCUGCGAAACGUCAAGUGGAUAAGAACAUGGCGGAACAGUGGGCGAGUAGUCAGGGCGCGAAGCAUUUUGAAAUCACAGCGAACGAGCGAAGUGAAGUAGAGGAGGUGGUCAAGGCGCUGGUGGAUAGUAUAGCAAGAGCGAGGCGUAUGGAUCAGAGGGACAAAGCAAAUGGGGCAACAAACGGAAGAGGAUCUGUCAUGAGGUUACUGAAGCGUCAGGGUUAG